AUGGCUGGCAGACCCGACCGUGAUCGCUACGCCCGAAGCAGGAGCCGCUCGUAUCGGGAUCGGAGGGAUGCACUAGGUCGAAGCCACGGCUCUGGCCAUGGAACUUAUGGCAAUCAGGGCCACCAAGGCUUCAGAGAACGGCGUGACCGCGACAGAAACGAUAGAAACGAUAGAAACGAUAGAAACGACAGGGCCGACAGAGGUGACAGGGGUGACAGGGACGCACGAGAUGGCAUGCGGAAUGAUGGUCUGCCGGCCCUGAGGCGUCCUGAUCCUCGCAAUGAGGGGAAUGCCAGGGGUCGUCAUGGACAAGAUACCUCAAGAAGCUAUGACAAGUAUCGUCAAGAUCCUCGAUACAGCUAUGGGAAAGGUGGACAUCCUGAUGACAGGCAGGCAGAUCGCCACAACUAUGGGGACGAUCGUUAUGCUAAUCGGUACCCAGACCGAUAUGAUGACAACGGUUGGGACAGAUACCCAGACAGGGAUCGGCCCCGAUAUUCAGAGCGCGACAGGGAGCGUGAGGAUCGUGAGCGGUUUGACAGAGACCGCCGCGCUCCAGAGCGCGAAAGGCAUGGCCUCCGAGAGCGUUCCAACCACGGCAGCCAAGGACGCCGACAAACGCCGGCAUACCCGGCAUACCAGGCACAGGACGAGCGAAGACACGGCGAAGAACGCCGUGUGGAUCAUCGCCCGGAGGAUUACUACAAUCCCCAGGAGGAGGUUGCGAACCGUUCCCGGAGUCACCGCCGUGUUCGCAAGGUGCUUGUCAAGGAAAGGAAGCCGCCUGAUGUUCGUCGCAUUCGCGACCGGGAGGAUGGAGUGAAAGCCACGAGCAGUGGCAGGUUUCGGCAGGAUGGCAGAGAAGUUCGUGCAGAGAUGUCACGAGGCGAGCACGUCCAACCAGCCAACGACAGGCCGCGCAGGGCACGAGAUGGGCGACCGGGUGAAAGACGACCGAAACCAGGAGGUCAACACCCAAGGCACGGCCGAGCCGCUCGUGACGGCAAGGCCCGGGAACCCGCGCGGUCUCGCGAGGAGGCUGCACAUGGGUCCGAAAGGCGAGAGGGUGGCACACAGGCCUUUGCUCCAGAGGCUGCGGGGAACUCUCAGAAGCAGCUGAAAGAGCCAGCGCAAGCAGUGCAGCCAGACGAGCAGGCACCAGCACCGGAGAAGCCGGAGAAGCUCGAAGCGAGGCUCGAAGACCGCGAGCCUCCAGCGUCAGGCCCAGCUUCGAGCCUCGAGGACGGUGAAACGGGAUCCUCAGAUAGUAGCUCCGACGAUGACUGCAACUCCCAGGGAGCAGACUUCAGCGGAUCAGAGAAGAGCUUUCCGGUCGCCGUGGCCGAGAAAGGAGCAAAGGAAGGCGCCGGCGCCGGCGAGCAGGCUGGGCAGUCCGACACUGACGUCAAGGACAGAGGAAAGGACUUUGUCAUGGAAGUUGUGGGAGGCUGCAACGGGCUUUCUCCGGGUGACACGAGCAGAACCAUCCCGGUCCCAAAGCAUUUGUACAAGCAGGUCGCAGGUCUUCGUGCCUCGCUCCAGGCCAAGCUUGACAUCCAGGACCAGAUGGAUCCCUGCAGGGUCACGGUUUCCGGAAAGGAAGCGCAGGUCGAAGCUGCCUUGGCAAAGAUCCGCACGCUUGGAAACAGGAGCCAUGACGCUGUGGAAUUGCGAGUUGUGAAGGAUGGGCAGAAGCAACCACUGCAGGGAUGGACGAAGGAAAUGAUCGCAGAAGCGACCAAGGCCUCCGUCACCUUCACAGAUGGCGAGGACAACCUCAGCGUGGCGCUGAAGGGCCCUUCGGCUGCUGUGGAGAAGGCAUGGAUCUUGGUGGUCGAGGCUGCUCUGGGUAUCUCCUCGCAGAGCUGUGAGGCUUCCGCAAAAAAAUCCGGCCCUGUUGCUGAGGCGGCGCACUAA